CCGCCUUCUUCUCACUCUUGGUAUGGCCGAGGCAGCAAGGUAAAGGUAAAGAAAGGCGAGAGACAUGUCCACGUCGCCAUCACCGCCAGCAAGGACAAGAACAAGGAGUCAGGCAAGAGAUGGUCAAUACAGCAGCAACGAUGACAGUGACGAUCACGGUACUCCUCCAGCCAAUCAGCAACAGGCAUCUGCCGAUCGCCUUCAUGCAGUGACGUCCGACUCUGAUCCAGAGUCGCCCUCUUCCCCUGCUGAGCGGCGCAUCCCACCAAAGAGACGCAGCAAGAAGGCGCUGUAUCCUUCUGAGGCUGAUUUGGCUAGAUGGCCUCACUUUGUAUCGGAGCGAAGGCAAGGGCAAAGGGCAGCCAGAGAUGAUUUGAGCCCAGGUCUCGAUGCAAGCUUGUACAGCGAGGUGCAGAGGAUCGCUCGGCAAAUCAUAUACGAUCGAACGAGAGCUACACCAAGACAAGCAGCGAAUCCAUCGACCUCUGCGACAGAUAUCAACACGAACCAAAACCCCGAUAAGGAGCCGGGCCAGCCUACCGCCUCAUCGGUCGCCUCAUCCUCGUCGUCAGCUAGCUCGCCAGUGCCAAGCUCACACAUAUCCUCCCGCUCAGCCUCAUCCAUCGAGUUCUCCGAGGACGAAGAGACGCCUCGGCAAGUAUCACAUCGGUCCACUUUGGAAGAGUCGGACUCCAACUCUCAAGCCUCUUGGUCCCCGGAGACCGAUGAAGGAGGAGGAGGCAACCUUCUCCCUGAUAGCCUGCUUGACCCGCUCGUGCUCGGUGUUCAGGCCCGCCUCGACGCACUGCUUUGGUCUCUAGCAAUGGAGCAUUCGGUGAAGCAGAAGCGUGCUAUCAGCAAGAAGGAGAAGAAGCGACCCAUGGGUCACGAGGAAGUGCUCGACCUUCUUCAGCGGGAUCUUGAGAGGGGCUCACUUGGAAUGGUGGAACUGCAGCAGAGAAAGAGCGUGCUGAACAAGGCGAGGAAAAGGGUCACCCGUGGUCUGGGCCUUGAGAGGGCAGACGAAGGAGCAAGGGAAGACGCAGUACCAGAGCUGGAUGCUGCUACUGCGACUUCAUCAGCAUCCGCACACGGUCUGCGAAGCGGGGCGACACUGCAGGGUAGAGAGUCGGCAGCACAUCGAGAUGCAGCACUGCUACUGGAGCCUUUCGGACUAUUUCGAUCCGGUGCAAAGCGCAAGAGGAAGGCCAAGAAUAAGAAGAAGCCAUUGGAAGAACUGCCAGCGCUGGAGGAGGCUGUUGAGACGGAGCUGCCGAGGAAAGCACAGAAGCAGAGAGAGCAGGUGAUAAGAGGUGGAGGAGGGUUCUUGUUGUGUCGUCCUCCCAUAUCAAGUACAGCGCAGUGAAGCGAUGAAAGGCGUCAGAGAGUGGGGGAAAGUGAAGCAAGGUAUUGGUAUUGAAACGCGAGCAAUGCCUUUUUGAGUUACACCGAUGCAAAUAAAGAAGUGUCAAGGUCGUCUACAAGUUAGCUGCCAUGUCUUAUCCUCUACUUCCUAGUCUCCACCAUCCCAUCCUUCAUUGUCCCCUUCACCGUUCUGGUCGAUAGACGUCCUCAGUCCCAAGCCGGUUACGCCAGCGUUACCGUCCGACUCGUCGAUUCGUGACAUGCCCGCCUUUUCGAGCAUGUCGAUGGAUGACUUCAAGCGACGAUGUCCCCCACCUUGCGGCCCAGCAGGCCCAUCGACUGCCUUUACCUCUCCAUUACUCGCCACGCGCUCAUCCGCGUCCAUGUCCUUCUUUUCCUCAUCCGCAACGACUUCCUGAGCGUUC